CCAACCUCAUCUCAGUUUUAAAAUGUCCUCCCGACUCCUUCCACGUCUCACCCACCUCCGCCAAGUCCAUUCCGAACUCACCACCAACUCUUUCCACAAAAUCCCCCAUCACAUUAAACCCGAAACCUCCCCCCUCCCUCUCUAUGGCGGCCGCCAUCUUGUCACACUCCUCCCCGGAAUCGGCAUCGGCCCCGAAAUGACCUCCCACGUCAAGGAAAUCUUCGCCACAGCUCAAGCCCCCGUCGAUUUCGAAAUCAUAGAAGGCACCGGCGAAGAACUGGUAAGGAAUGCCAUCACUUCAGUGCGAAGAAACCGAGUGGCCAUUAAAGGUAACCUGAAGAGCGUGAUCGACGAAGACGGAUUCAUAGCUCCCAAUGUCAUGAUUCGGACCAAGUUGGACUUGUUCGUGUAUGUUACGCAUUACAAGACGUACAAGAACGUGUACUCGAAGUGGCCCGACUUGGACUUGGUCAUCGUGAGGCAGAACACAGAGGGAGAGUACGCUUUGUUGGAACAUGAGAGUGUCAACGGGGUCGUGGAGAGUCUGAAGAUCGUGACGCGGGAGAACACGGAGAGAUUGGCGAAGUUCGCGUUUGAGCAUGCGCGGAAACACGGGAGGAGGAAGAUUACGGUGGUGCACAAGAGCAAGCAGUUGGAGUUGUCGGACGGGAUGUUCCUACAAACCAUCAAAAACGUCGCCCAUCACUACCCCGACAUACAAUUUGAAGACAUGUACAUAGACCGGUGUUGCCAGAAAUUGGUGAGGAACCCUCACCACUUCGACGUUCUCCUUAUGCCGAACCUGUACGGAAACAUCGCUUCGAAUAUUGUCUGCGGCCUGUCAGGUGGCUCUGGUCUCUUCUCUGGUAUGAACUAUGGCGAAGAUAUUGCCAUUUUCGAGUCUGCGACGAGACAAACCGGAGAAAGUUUCGUGGGCAAAAACAUCGCCAACCCCGUAGCCAUGUUGAAUGCGGGGGUUAAUAUGCUGCGCCAUCUUGGCAAGUCCGAACAUGCCCGACUGAUCACCGACGCCAUCUGCCACACUUUAACGACAAGUAGAGUACACACGCCGGACCUGGGGGGUGUACACAGUACCACAGACGUUCUAUCUGAGAUUAAACGCUACAUCGAGGAUGUGAAACACUUAAAUUGAAAUUUAUCUUUGUAACUUCUAACGUAAACCACAUUAAAAAUCUCGAAAUAC